AAUGGUUUGAAAUGAAUUUUAUAAUUUUGGGGGACUUAGAAACUGCCCUGGUCACUGGCUGGCCAUCAGAAAAUACUCUAGGCGCCUCUCCCACCACUGGACACCACCCUCUUGCCCAGCCGACUGCACAGUGGCCGGAGUUUCCACUGGAAGCUCGGAUUCCGAGCCGCCGGUCAUGUAUUACAUAAUCUAAAAUCACACAUAGGGCACGUUGCCCAAGAAAUCAUAUAGAAAAAAUAAAAGUAAAAGUGAUCAUGGAAAGAACUUCAGCAGCUUGUGCGAUGGAAUGGAGCAUUGAACUGGAAAAGGGUCUCCGUUCCAAGUUACCAGGACGACCUUUGGAAGCUAUCUCACAGUUUGGGUCCAGACUCCAGCUAUGGAGCCAAGACCCAGAACCUACUUUGGCUGCGUACCACAUGUUCGAUCUUAUUCCUGGGGAGGACAGGCUCUUUGCCAACGCCAUCCUCUUGCGCCUCGCUGAGGCUUUUCGGGUGGGCGAUGAAAAAACCCGGGUUUGUGUUGUCAAGGUGUUUCUAUCAGAGUACAAGCAGCGUUGCAAACAGAAAGGGAAAGGGUAUAAAGGGUUGUUGUCCAAGUCCAGAGUGCACAACCAAUUGGAAUUGCUGAACAGAGUGAAGGCUGUGUUUGAUAAUGGAGAUGUUAAUUCCAGGGCGUUGGCUUUAGCUCUCUAUGGUUGUUGGGCUGACUUUGCCAACGACAAAGCUGAUAUACGUUACUUGGUUCUUUCUAGUCUUGUCUCUCCUCAUGUUUUGGAGGUAAAAGCGUCUUUAUUUGCUGCAGGAUGCUUUUGCAAGCUAUCAGAUGACUUUCCUUAUAUUCUUUUGGAAAUGCUGCCUAACAUGAUGGCUUUAUCUGAGACAUUGUUGGCUAUAAGGGUUGCUGGAGCUCGAGUCUUUGCAAAAAUGGAUCACACAUAUUCAAUUGCAAAAAAAGCUUACAAGACAGGUCUACAGCUGUUUUUAGACACUUCAGAAGAGGAUUUUCAAGUUGCAAUGUUGGUUUCACUUUCAAAGCUCGCUUCCAUGUCAAUGAUGCUAAUCUCUGAGCAGGUUGAAUUUCUUUUCUCAUUCCUUAACCAAGAAAAGUCUUUGCGUGUACGGGCAACAGCCCUAAGAUGCCUUCUUUUCAUUAUCAGUAAACGAGCGUGUCAAUUUCCUGUUAAUGCAUAUAUGAUUAAAGCAUUGUCCAUCAUGGUAGAUGAACCUGAACUUCCACUGACCAUGCAAUGUGAAGCUUUAUGUAUUUUGCAUAAGAUGCUUUUAUAUGCUGUCUUACCUGACCUGUCAGGAGACUUGCUUGAGUUUGUUAAGCUGUCAACCAUUAUUGAGAAUGCAUCUCUAUCUCCAGUCAUGUCUAAGAGCCUGUUAGCCUUCAAUGUUCUGGUCGAGCUAUCAAUCAAACUUAAGGAGAGUAGAGAAACUAAUUUUUGUUGUUCCUCCCCUACACUAUCCAAGGUUAUCUCUCUAAUUACUAACCGCAUCACCUUGCUUGUGAAGCCAUUCUUGGAUCUGUACCAGACUGAAACCUUAUUUUAUCAAGAAGUUAAGAACCUGCUGAAUCUUCUUCUUCUUAUAGUUGGAGAAGACCCAGACUUGGGUGUGAUAGUGCUGGAUCAUAUUUUCAUAUUAAUCAGAUUUCUGUCCAUUAUGGAUGAUAAUCUCAUGGCUAGCACACAAGCUGAUAAACUAGGACAUGAUGUUGUAGAAAUCAAAGGAAAGAGAGGCACAGUUACCAGAUUGAAACUUGUAUAUAUCGUUUAUAGAUUUGUGGUGACCUUUCUUGAAAGUCUUAAAGAAGCUGCUGCCAUCACCACACUAGUAUUUGACAAAGUGAAACUUCUGGUUGAAAAUAUAUGUGAUUGCAAUUUAUUUGAUUGCCAUACACACACAAUAUAUUCUCUGUUGUUGCAUUGCCGAGUCAUUUGGGGUCUCAAUGUGAAUGGAAGUAGUGAAAGUUCCAGUCUUUUCAGUAAUUUAGGUGCAUCUCGUGAUAGCUACUUGGUUGAGCAUGAACUUAUUACCAUUACAUUUGCAAAGAAGUUGGUGACAGAAAAUAAUAAAUGGCCUGCUUACAAAGUAGGGAUUUAUUCAGCAUGUCAAGGUGCAUGGUUCAUGGCUACUUUUAUAUUUCAGCAGUUAAUAAUGCAGGUCCAUUCUGAUUCAUGCCAUUGUUGGUUAAAGUCACUACUUCAAUUUGCUGAUUCUGAGAGAAAAUUUGAGCUGCUGAUGCUAUCAAAGCAAGAUCUCAGCUUAGCAACCUGGUUAGAGUCGAAAAUAUCUCCUCUUGCUAAUGGUAAUGAAGAUAAUAUCAAUAAGCCUGAUUUUAGGAAAGAGUUUGAAGGGGUUUACAACAGUAUUUGCUCCUCUCAGGAAACGUUAGAGGUGGCUUCUACAGCAAGUCAAGAAUUUUAUUUCCAGAGAUGGUUUUUGUCUUUAAGAGUUAAAUUAUUACAAGCUGUAACAGAUGUACUUAAAACUCUGGGAACAACUCGAUUUGUCAGGGAAUGCAUUGGCAAUAAUGGACACCAUGACGAAAGUUUAAUGGUUGAGUUCUGGGUAUCUUUACAACAAAUUACUCAAAUCUCACCGCAGUUGAAUAGUCUAGCAAAAGAAUUUGAUCUGGUCACUACAUCUUUUUGUGAUAUGGACAGAAAUAGUUCAAAAAUAAUUUCAGCGCUUGCAUUGAGUUGUUCACUGCUGGCCUUUAUUACGAGUUUUGCUCUCUUCAUUCCAAACCUACCCGAAACUUUUACAAUUUGUGGUCUGGAGAACCCAGAAAAUGGUCUACCUGCACAUCUAGUGCAGAAUUUAGCUAAAAGGUUAUGGCAUUUGGACCAUGAAAUCAGUACAAAUCUCUGUCAGCUUGUGGAGACUAGUGGACAGAUCAAAAGCUGUUUUCACUUGCAGUCAAGAAAACAAGAAUAUGACAAUGGUUGUGAAGCAAGGCAUGUGCUUGCUGUUUGUAAUUAUGCUGUUUCUGGUGUUGUUUGCUUGAUAAGUGACGGAAACAAAUCAAAUGAUGAGGAGACCAUCCUACAAGUUAUUAAGGAUGGAUUACAACUUCUAUUUACGACUCUUACAAUGUGGAUGCAAGUACCUUUCAGGACUCCCAAGCACUACUUCCGAUUAAGGCCAAGAAUUGGAUCAGAACUCUUCGUCGUCAGUGAAACAAAAAACAGAGAAGGAAUAUAUAUUUUGCCAGGCUACCACUUAUCAUUAAGUAUUUGUCUUCAGUUGAGAAAUAUACCAUCAGAUAUCCUAGUUUGUGUAACCAAGUUGUACUGCAUGCUGGAAUGUAGAAUACCCUUUCAGGAGCCAAAAACAAGCCAAGAAAAUAACGAACAAUCUAGGCGCGGUUAUAAAUUCUGGGAAAAUAACAACAUGGUAGAAUUGAAUGACAAGCUAUUCAGGUAUGUGACCGAGUGCAGUAUGAAAAGAUCUAAUAAGGGUAAGCAUUGCGGUAGGGUUUAUAAUGAUGGAGGGUGUGUGAAUUCAUUUGUCUGUUUUAAACCGAACAAGAGAGGACAAGGGUUUUCAAGUUGCUUACUUGAUAUUUCUGGAUUUCCAGUGGGUUCUUAUAGAAUCAAAUGGCACAGCUGCUGUAUUGAUAAUGAAGGUAAUUAUUGGAGCCUCAUCCCAUUGAAUGCUGGACCCAUUGUUACUGUACAAAAGUCUAUGGUUGUAGCCUGAUUAUGUGUUACAGAUGUUUUGGAGUAUGUAAAGUUUUUAUGUUUGCAGAA